AAUUAGUGGAUUCUGAUUUUUGUGCUUGGAUGUGGGAUUUUUUUGUUUGUAUUUUUUAGGAUGGGAAUUUCUCUAGUUUGAACGGAAGGAGUAUUAUCGCGACAAAGAGAAUAGCGUGGUAUAGUGGCCCGUUUGCUGCGGUUUGGCAUUUGCCGAUUCGUCGCCAUUUGAAACCGCGAAAGACCCUAACGUGUGUGAAUUUCCACUCCCAUCUGUCUGAGGCUAAAUGUAAAAGAAGCAUUACUGGCCCAAGUUCUUUAGCGAAUAAGAAGUGGGCAUUCUGUUUAAUGUAAGGAAGCCCAUCAAUGGGUGAUCUUAUCUACAAAUACAGCUACAACCCCAUGCCAUCUUCUGUGGUUUAGCGGAGGGUUUUAGUUUUUUCAAAGGAAGAGAGAAAAAGAUUGGAUUCGGAUGAUGAAACUGGUGACAUUAAUGAUAAAUUUGGUAAAGGUUUCACAGAAUUGAAAGAAAUGGCAUUGCAACACUCGAUCCAUAUUCAAUAUUGGAUGUCUCCUCCAAAACAGAAUAAACUGAAGCCCUUACGUUCAAAUUUACUUAAGAUGCCUUCUUCGAAUCCAAGUUCCAUAAGAAAUGGAGUAAGAGCAUACGGGAUGGUAGAAAAAUUUGGAAAAAAGUUUAUGGGACAGGAAUUAAGUGACAGUGACGAUGAUGACGAUGAGUCAUCAACUAAAAAGGGUCGGAUGGACGAUUCGUAUCCUUUUGAUGCUGAUGAGCGACGUGAAUGGAGAGCCAAGAUCAGGGAAGUUAUCAGUAACCAUCCUGAAAUUCAGGAGGAGAUUGACCCUGCUGAAAAGUUGAACAAGAUGCAAAAACUCCUGGCUGAUUAUCCGCUGGUUGUAGAUGAUGAUGAUCCAAAUUGGCCCGAAGACGCUGAUGGCUGGGGUUUCAACCUGGGUCAAUUCUUUGAUAAGAUCACUAUCAAGAAUGCCAAGAAGGGAAACGAUGACGAUGAUGAUUAUGAUAGUGAGAAGGAAGUAGUGUGGCAAGACGAUAACUAUAUUCGUCCAAUCAAAGAUAUUAAGAUUGCUCAGUGGGAAGAGACUGUAUUCAAGGACAUUAGUCCUUUAAUCAUUCUUGUCCAUAACCGCUACAAAAGGCCAAAAGAAAAUGAAAGAGUUUGGGACGAGCUGGAGAAAGCUGUGCACAUCAUAUGGAAUUGCAGGCUGCCUUCACCAAGAUGUGUAGCAGUUGAUGCUAUAGUCGAGGAUGCUUUGGCCUCUGCUCUAAAAGUGUCAGUCUUCCCAGAAAUAAUAUUCACUAAAGCUGGGAAAAUUUUAUACCGUGAGCAAGCCAUUCGAACUGCAGAUGAGUUGUCGAAAAUGAUGGCUUUUUUUUAUUAUGGAGCUGCUAAGCCACCGUGCUUAGACUUCAUUGGAAACAGACAAGAGAUGAUUCCAUCAAUUGUUAUCAAGAGUUAAAAACAAUUGAUAGCUACUUGCAUCUGUCUUAAACUCUUGUAUGAAAUUUUUGUUUUGCAUGUGACUAAGUUUAUCUAGCAAAUGGUGGUUAAUGUAUUAUUGUAAAUGAUACAACUGGUUGAACUAUGUUAUUUAGGUUAUACUAAAGGUUUCAGUAUAUUUCUCUUCUUAAAUCCAAUUUUAAUGUAGCUUGAAUCCAAUUCACUUUGAAGUUCUAGAUAUUUGGCUUGUUCCAUAAGGAAUCCAGCCUGCAGGAAUGAUGGGAAAAUCUUCUGGCUUCGGGCAACAACAAAGCACUAAAUUAUGAAAAUCUGUAUUCCAUAUUUCUUUAACUCUUCCACUUAAAUCAACAUUUUCAUCACCCUAUUCCAGCUCUAGCACAAAUAUUUUUGCUCCACUAGAUAAUGUUAUUUGUCUGAGGUAUGCAUUCAACUCAACCUUUCUUUUUUGGAGGAAUAAUGGGUUUCUGUUGGGCCCCGCUUAAGCUUUCUAGUCAUUGCAAUGAUCCCAGAUUCAGAUAUCCAUAAAAAGCAUGUCUUGGUCUUGUUUUAUUUGUUAUAAAUACUGUGAAAAUUAGGGCCUUGUGUUCAUUGAUCUUCUGCAAUUGUUUGUAGAGUAAAGCAGCUACUUGUCUACAUGUUUUAAGUCAAAGAUUGAAGCUUGAGUCUGUUUAGAUUUGAAAUCAUAAGAGAAAAACUUUAAGCUCAAAUGAUCUUGUAUGCUUUUAGUAUCUUAUUGAACUUGAUACAGGGUCCAUUUGUUUUGCAAAAAUUGACUUUCUGGAAAUAAAUUUUGCAAAAUAGAUUUAUUUUCACAGACCCUCAGAUUUUUUUAUUCUACCAAAUUAAAUCAUGAAAAUUUACUUAUCAUUUGAUAAGAACAAUGUUACACUGCUGAUCUUUUGCAGACACUCAUUAGAGAUGGUAAUUCUUAGAAUUGAUAGAGGUUUUACAGGUGGAGUUGAUUUUCUAAUAGCUGCAGCAAUGGGUGCUCGUGAGCAAGGAUUUGGUUCUAUGGCAAUGGUUGCCACUUGAUGUGUUAAAGCUUGCAUUUGCCACAAAAAUAACUGUUCAGUUGUUGUUGUCAGUCAGAGGCGUGGUAUCUUAGCACAAUUGGAUAAUGAGAAGUUGGAUGAUAUGAUUGGACAAACAGAUUUAUUAGAACCACCAGAUAUCUCCGUAGUAAAAAACCCAACAUCUUGAUCUGGAUUAUAUCUCAUCGAGUGUUGAAUUGCCAAAUGUAGCAGUACUGAAAUCAUGAAUCAAGAAGUUCACUCUAAUCAUCCUGUUCUCGAUGAUACUUUACUUUCUGAUCCUGAGGUUUUACUUCUCUAGUUGUGUCAUCUUAUUGUGUAUGAAUGGCUAUGCCUCAACCCCGUGUAUACUGGUGUUGUGUCUAUGUUCUAUGCAUCCAUGCUUUCAAAGUGCCCAGGUUGGAUACCACAAUAGGAACUAAAUUGGUUGAUAUAAAUACAAAAUUGCGAAAUAAGAUCUCUGCUGCAAUUGAAAAGGAGAAAGAGGUACACAAGACUAAAAAUAUACAAUGUUGACGGUGCUGCUUGUGGUCUUGUAGCAGGUGUGAUUGCAAAGAAAUAUAUGGGGACACUGGAUUUGCAGGGAAGCUUAAUUUAACGUUAGAUCUGAAUUCUGAAUAGCUGAUGUGAGUGCUAUAAGUAAUCCUGAUUCAUGCAAGCUAAAAUAGUUUUAUUGUUGUCCAUAGAUUUAUUAGUUGUAAUGCUGGGCAGUCAUUUGCAUGCUUCCUGACUCCUGGAAUGAAUAUUCAGCUUAUUGGAGAAGCUAAUGAUUUUGGAGGAAAAUUAUUUUUUACUGAAAUGCUACCUUCGUUUUCUGUUGGAAAA